ACAAACGCGCGCGCGCGCGCAAAUAUUUACACUCGGCCACAGCAGAUCAAUCCAGGCACAGUUUCCUGCAAAUACACUCGCGCGCGCACACGUACUUCGCGGCCGCCCACGUCCUCUCUUUCUCACCGACAGAUACAGACAUUUACACACGUAGGCCAGGAGACGCUAACCACGGUCCUGUGACUCCACGCAGGUUCCCAGGACACGCCUUAUACAUUGUUACUGAACCGAUCAGCGAACACAGACAAACCUGCCAACACUUAAACCUACUGGCUGGAUUUCAUCUCCAUGGCAACAAGCAUGGAAGUAAACAGGAUAUUAAGAUGAUGCUUUCUCUCUGAGGGUGUUCUGAAAGCUAAUGGGGAUGGUGGGGAGAUGGCUAAUGAUACACAGCUAUUGCUGCCUGCUACUUGCAGGAUGCUAUAUUAAGGCCAAGAGGUGACUCCAGCAGGAAUUCUGAAGAGCCAUAAUGAUGUGACAGUGAAUAAUGAGUAGUACCUACUGUGGCAACUCUUCAGCUAAGAUGAGUGUCAACGAAGUAUCAGCUUUUUCAUUGACUCUGGAGCAAAAAACUGGCUUUGCUUUUGUUGGAAUUUUGUGUAUCUUCUUGGGACUUCUUAUUAUCAGAUGCUUCAAAAUUCUCUUAGACCCAUAUAGUAGCAUGCCUUCCUCUACAUGGGAAGAUGAAGUUGAAGAGUUUGAUAAAGGAACAUUUGAAUAUGCACUUGCGUGAGAGUUCCACCUUUAUGGUUUUUAGGCUUAUACCACUGGGACACAUGGAAGAUACAAUUGUAAUUUCCUUGAGCAUGCUGGAAGAGGCUCAUUUCAUUCACUAAAUUCAAUAAACAUGUGUGGUUGGACAAGUCAUCAAAUCUCUAUGGACUUCAGUGAGGAAGCUAACCAGAGGAUUUUUAAUGUCUUUUUCAAAUCUAGUGCUCUAUGAACUCUGUGAAUGUAUCUGGAAACCCAGAGAUCUGAGAUCAAUGAAGAUUUAAGAUAUCAUGAAAAGCUUUCCAGUUUAGGAAUCUAAACUCUUAUGAUUUGAAUUUUAAUGUUGACUUAGUCAAGAACUAGCUUUAUGACCUAGAAAGCUAGCUAAGGGGCACCUUUUCACAUCUGCAAAACAAGGAUAAAUAAACCUAUCCUUCAUAUUUUACAGGAAUGUUGAGAGGACCAAAUGAUGCAUAGUGAAUGGGAAAGCAAUUUGAAAACCAGAAAACAUUGUCAAAACAUACCUUGAAAUUAUUAUUUAUUCCCCUCAUUGGCAAUAGUAAUAGAGAUUCUCAAACCUCAAAAAACAAUGGCCUAGUGUAAGAUAUUCACUUUUCUAUCUUAAUUCUCUUCAUUUGAUAAAUGAAAAUAUAGAAUUAUCUUAUUCUAAAAUUCUUUCCAACUACAAUUUCUGACCCUUUAUGAUUACCAAAUGGAGGAAUAUAGUAGGAGAUAAAUCAAUACAAAAAUAUUUGUGUCACCAGAACACAAAACUGCCAAACACACCAAAAAACGAAUGACUACUACUUACUCAGAGUUAGCACUAAAUUGGAUGCUUUCCAUUUAUUAUGUGACUUGACAUACUUAUGAAUCCUUUGAGUUCAAAACUACUAUUUCCAUUUUAUUUAUUACCUUAAUGUCCCAGAUGAGGAGCUGAAGUUGAGAGAGCUUAAAUAACUUCCCAAGGUCAUCAAGCUAGAGAGUGAUUGUGUUAGGAAUUGAAUGUGGGCAGUCUAAUGUCAAAGUCAUUGUUUGUAAACAUCAUGCUAUACUCCAAGACACUAUCCUCAACAUUUUUAUAUAUCUUACAAAGAUAGUUACUGCUCAAGUCUAUGGCACUCCAAAACAAGCUGUCUCAUCCCUGAUACUUUCCAACUCCUAAUAGACUUAGAACACAUCUGUGUUGGUUGUUAAUCUUCUGGACCAAACUCACAUCUCAAGGAGCUCUUUGAACCCCAGUAGGUAGAGGAGUGUCAGCCUAGGACACCUUAUAGCCAGUCAGUAGUUUGGUCCAAGAACAUUUCAUUGAACCAAGUCAACCAGACAUACUGGGAGUUGUGUGUGCCCAGGAUGUGAGGUAUCUCCUUCGUGACCCAGGUUUCUAAAGUACUUGUUAAGAUAUAUGCCCAAGUACAAGAUGCACCAUUUUCCCCAGAGAAGACAUUGAACAAGACCGUCCAUUUUGGUCACUAGAAUAUAACAAGACCAGCUCUACCCUUCAAAGAAGAAAGACUCUAAGACCCAAAACAUAAGAUAACUUCAUGAAGUAUGAGCAUUGUUUCUGAAAGUUCACCACUCACAAGCUUUCCAGAUAUCAUCAAUUCGACCAUAGUAUUAUUUUCAAUCCCACUAAAUGGAAAUUCUUUUAACCAAAAUUGUCCUCAUCCAUGGAAUUUAUUCAUGAUCUAUUGUUCACCUUAGAUUUUUGGGGGGCAGCAGAUGGGAAAGAGUGGUCAGUGUCUAUAUUUUCAGAACCAGAAAUAAUACAAAAAAUAUGAGGAAUGGUUAUAGUAUGGAUACAUCAUGGAAACUUCAUGAAAUGCUAAUACUUUUAGGAAUGUCCAAUGUCAUAGUUAGAUCAUUCUCCAGCUACCCUUUCCCCAGACCCCUGUCAGGAAAGACAAGAGGAAAAUUAGAGGAGCAUACUUCCAGAAGUUUUCCUCCUGUUACCUUACCCACAUACUUGAAAAGCCUAAAUUGGGUUUACCUUUCAAGAUUGGCUUUAUGGAUGGUGUAAUUUCAUCCAUAUCCCCCAAACCAUCUCCCAUCUGCUCUAGAAUGUCUGAAUCCCUUAAUAGAGAACAAAGACUUUCAUUCCACAGUUAGAGAUAAAAGGCUUAGAAUGAAAAUGUCUGGUUGAUGUAAGACCAAGACUGAAACUAAUUCACAGGACACUGUAGUCAGGCAGGCAAGCAGCAAGGAUAAAGGAAAUUGACCACCUUUGGAUGCAUUCACAGUCCUUGGCAGAGGAAAAGGUUCAAGGAACAAAUAGGUGGGCUCCUGAAAGAGGCAUUGAGGAAAUGGUUGAAGGAAAAAGGGACUAGAGAUGGUAGAAAUAACUGCCAGUGAGUUCACAGCUUCCAUCCAGGGCCAAUCAAUAGGGUUUGUUUUGAGUCCUAGCCCCAUCUUAGCUGUUCUAAAUAGCAACAGCCAGAUGAUUCUGAAAUGAAUUUGAAUCUGAAAGGCAUAAUUCCUAUGCCUUCUACGCGGGGAGUCAGAACCCUUUGUUGAAUGGAUAAAUGGCUUGUAUUUAAGAACAGACUGAGUUAGUGGUACAUAGUUGUAAUUCUGUCUCUAUUUCUGAAACAGCCUCAUGACAUUAGCCCAAUUGAUUAGUAUGACAUUUAUCUAGUAGAGUCUAGGGCAUUUUACUUAGGUGUCUCCAAAUCCUUUUCUACAAUCCAGCAUCUUUUCACCUACCUACCUUUCCUCCUAUUUUAUUAGAAUAGUACUUAUCCCAAUCUCUAAUGAUUCACCCUGGAAUCUUUGACUAAAUCAAAGUUUUUUUUUUAAUAUUUUUAUUUAUUUAUUCAUGAGAGACACACAGAGAGAGGCAGAGACAUAGGCAGAGGCAGAAGCAGGCUCCCCAUGGGGAACUGAUACGGGAUUCAAUCCCAGAACCCGGGGAUCACAAUCUGAGCCAAAGGCAGAAACUCAAACACUGAGCCAUCCAGACACCCUCAAAGUCUUCAGUCAAUUGUAAAUAUUUCCAAAAUAAUAAAAGUGUGAAGUACAAACCAGUACUGAUCUAAAUCCAACACACAAAUUCACUCAUUUAAUUCACUCAAUAACUGUACAGCAAAGUAGGUAACAUUAUUAUCCACCAUUAUUGGUUGAUGAGAAAGUUAAGGCACAGAGAGAUUGAUUAAUUUGCCAGAGCUUACACAGAAGUGGCACAGCUGGGCUGUGAAUUGAGUAUACUGACUCACUUCAGAGUCUUGCUCCUAACCACUGUGUCAAGCUCCAAGUGUGCUGCUCAGGCAGCUGGAAAUCACUUGGAUAGCUUCUUAUGUAAAAGACAAGGAGGAUCCAUUCAAUCACCCCAACUGAAAACCAAUGACAGAACCUGCACAGCGGAAUUGUUUGUGCUGUCUAAAUAAUCACCACCUCACAGAUUUGAGCAAAAUCUUUCUCUCAAUAAACCAAAAAAACCAGGUUUGAUAUACGUGUUUUGCCGGGUAGAGACAAAAAGACCACUGGGAAACUUAGUCACAGUUUCAUUCUUGCUUGAAAUAGUUUUCCCAAUAGGUAGAAAUAUUUUCAAUAAAUCACUGAUUUUAUAUUCAAUCUGCUCACUUCCUAUGCAGAGAAGAAUUAAUCUAAUAUCUACUACAAGCAAGAUAAAAUGAUCUCAAAUACCACUUUCUAGUUACAAAGUAUAGAAAUUAUCUCUGGAGGCCUAGAUUUUGCUGUAUGUGCUAAGCAAUAGGAGGUCACCAGGAAUCAUGUGAAGACAGUGGGAUUCAAUUUAUUUAGCACCAAACAACUGAAGCACUGCUUAUAUUUUGUUGGGUGAUUAAUGCUGAACAAUCCAACUCCCCUUACAAAUUAAAGAAAUUUUAUAUGACUUCCUGUCUAAAUGGAUUAAUGGUUUACUACUGCUUACUAGCUGAGGUGGUACUCAGGGCUAAUGACUGGGGAGGGCCCACAGUAUUAUUCCACACCAAUCACUGCUCUAUCACCUCUUUCAAGGAAGAUUCUAACCAAUAAGAAGAAGCCUAUGGUUCUGGGCUGAAAGCUAAGUGCCCCAUAUAUGCCUGGGUGAUGUUGAAACAGGUAAUGCUUCCUGAGAAGAAGGUUCCUUCUUCUGGUGCUUCGAAGAACAUUCUGAAGAUUAUAUAGGGGACAAUGCAUCAAGAAUCUAUUUAUUGAGUCCUUCUAGAAUAAAAGCCAGGAACUCCCUAAUAUAAACACAUUAGUGUUUAUUUUGAGGAGGAAAUACAAAGAU